AUGAAGACAAAGCCUGUUUCCCACAAGACCGAGAACACGCACCGGUUUCUUACAUUUGCUGAACGACUAGGGAAUGUGAAUAUCGAUAUCAUUCACCGAAUUGAUAGGACUGCAAGCUAUGAAGAGGAGGUUGAAACCUACUUUUUUGAGGGCCUACUGAAAUGGAGAGAAUUGAACCUUACGGAACACUUUGGGAAAUUCUACAAAGAAGUUAUUGACAAAUGCCAGUCGUUCAACCAGUUGGUCUAUCAUCAAAAUGAGAUAGUUCAGAGUUUGAAGACUCACCUGCAAAUUAAGAACAGUUUGGCCUAUCAGCCCCUUUUGGACUUGGUUGUGCAGUUGGCACGAGAUCUGCAGACGGACUUCUAUCCACAUUUUCAAGAUUUUUUUCUGACCAUCACUUCAAUCCUGGAGACUCAGGACACAGAGUUGUUGGAGUGGGCGUUCACCUCGCUGUCCUACCUCUACAAAUACCUGUGGAGACUGAUGGUGAAGGACAUGUCCAGUAUAUAUAGCAUGUACAGUACACUCCUGGCUCAUAACAAACUGCAUAUAAGAAAUUUUGCUGCUGAAAGCUUUACUUUUUUGAUGAGGAAGGUUUCUGAUAAAAAUACACUUUUCAAUUUAAUGUUUUUUGACCUUGAUAAGCAUCCAGAAAAGGUGGAAGGAGUUGGACAGUUGCUCUUUGAAAUGUGCAAAGGAGUUAGAAACAUGUUUCAUUCUUGUGCAAACAAGGCAGUGAAAUUAAUUUUGCAAAAGCUAGGACCGGUUACUGAAACAGAAACCCAACUACCAUGGGUCUUAGUUGGAGAAGCACUCAAAAACAUGGUCAGAUCUACUGCAUUCUACAUCUACAAGGAACAUUUUGGUACAUUUUUUGAAUGCUUGCAAGAGUCACUCCUGGAUCUACAUACUAAAGUAACCAGAACUAACUGUUGUGAAAGUUCUGAACAGAUCAAAAGAUUGUUAGAAGCAUAUCUGAUCCUUGUGAAACAUGGGAAUGGAUCAAAGAUAACCAGCCCUGUUGAUGUUUGUAAGGUAUUGUCUCAAACAUUGCAAAUACCCCAUCUCUCCACAUCCUGCCGGGAGACCCUUUUGGAUGUAAUUUCUGCUUUGAUCCUAGGCGAGAAUGUUUCCUUGCCAGAGCCUCUCAUCAAAGAAACCAUAGAAAAAACUUUUACGAGUGGAUUUGAAAGACGUUUAAUUUUGGAUUUUUCUGAAGUCAUGUUUGCUAUGAAGCAGUUUGAGCAGCUUUUUCUACCAAGCUUUCUCUCAUAUAUUGAGAAUUGCUUCUUGAUUGAUGAUACUGCAGUCAAAGAUGAAGCUCUGGCCAUUUUGGCCAAACUUAUUCUGAACAAAGCACCACCUCCCACUGCUGGUUCAAUGGCAAUUGAAAAGUACCCUCUGAUUUUCUCACAACAAGCAGUGGGAUCCUAUUUAAGGCAGAAGAAAACUAGAUCCAAGGGAGAGAAGGAACAGGUUCCAGUAUUGGAUCAUCUCUUGUCUAUAAUUCAGCUACCUCCAAAUAAAGAUGCUACUUACCUUUCACAUUCUUGGGCAGCCCUGGUAGUAUUACCACAUAUUAGACUUCUUGAGAAAGAGAAGGUGAUACCAUUAGUCACACGUCUUAUAGAGUCACUCUUCAUGACUGUUGACAGAGGGAACUUUGGAAAAGGAAAUUUAUUUGUUCUUUGUCAAGCUGUAAAUACUCUGCUAAGUUUGGAAGAAUCCUCUGAACUUCUUAAUUUGGUUCCUGUGGAACGUGUGAAGAAUUUAGUAUUAACAUUUCCUUUGGAGCCAUCUGUGUUGCUGUUGGCUGAUCUCUAUUAUCAGAGAUUAUCCUUAUGUGGCUGCAAAGAACCUCUUUCCCAGGAAGCUUUACUGGAAUUGUUUUCAAAGUUACGAGCAAACAUUUCAUCUGGUGUAUCCAAGAUACGGCUUUCGACAGUAAGGAUUCUAAACCAUUUUGAGGUUCGGCUUCCAGAAUUGAUGGAGGAUGACGGGCUCUCGGAGCGCCAGUCUGCCUUUGCUAUAAUCCGUCAGGCAGAGCUGGUCCCAGCUACUGUGAACGAUUACAGAGAGAAGCUGCUUCAUUUGAGGAAACUAAGACAUGAUGUGGUGCAGACUGCACUCCCUGAUGGGCCACUGCAGGAGGUGCCACUUCGUUAUUUAUUAGGCAUGUUGUAUGUUAAUUUCAGUCCUCUCUGGGAUCCUGUCAUUGAGCUCAUAAGUUCUCAUGCACAUGAAAUGGAAAAUAAGCAGUUUUGGAAAGUCUACUAUGAACAUCUAGAGAGAGCAGCUACCCAUGCUGAGAAAGAGCUGCAAAAUGAUGAAAGAGAUGAAGAAAAAUCCAUUGGAGAUGAAAGUUGGGAACAAACCCAGGAAGGAGAUGUUGGGGCUCUUUAUCAUAAGCAGUUAGCAUUGAAGACUGACUGUCGGGAAAGACUGGACCACACUAACUUUCGAUUUUUACUCUGGCGAGCCUUGGCCAAAUUCCCAGAAAGAGUAGAGCCACGGUCCAGGGAGCUUUCCCCGCUUUUCUUGAGAUUUAUCAACAAUGAGUACUACCCAGCAGAUCUGCAAGUUGCUCCAACCCAAGAUCUGCAAAGAAAAGGCAAAAAGGUGGUGACAGAGGACACAGAAGAGGAACCAGCAAGCAGAGAUGAUGAAGAGUUGGAAGAAGAAGAAGUGCCCCAAGAUGAACCCACACACAAAAAAAAGACAAGAAGAGCUGCAGCUAAACAGUUACUUGCUCAUUUACAAGUUUUCUCUAAGUUUUCAAAUCCACGGGCCUUAUAUCUGGAAUCCAAAUUAUAUGAGCUGUAUCUUCAGUUGUUGCUGCAUCAAGAUCAAACAGUACAAAAAAUAACUCUGGAUUGCAUAAUGACGUAUAAACAUCCACAUAUCCUCCCUUAUAGGGAAAACUUGCAAAGACUUCUUGAAGAUAGAAGCUUUAAGGAAGAAAUAGUGCAUUUUAGCAUUUCAGAAGAUAAUACAGUAGUGAAAACAGCCCACCGAGCAGAUCUGUUUCCUAUUCUGAUGAGGAUUUUGUAUGGGCGGAUGAAGAACAAAACUGGGACUAAAACUCAGGGAAAAUCUGCUUCAGGCACCCGCAUGUCCAUUGUCCUGCGGUUCCUUGCUGGAACCCAGCCUGAAGAGAUCCAGAUAUUCUUAGACCUGUUGUUUGAACCUGUGAAGCACUUCAAAAAUGGAGAAUGCCAUUCUGCAGUCAUUCAAGCAGUGCAAGAUUUGGAUUUAUCUCAAGUUCUUCCUUUGGGUCGUCAGCAUGGUAUCUUAAAUAGCCUUGAAAUAGUAUUGAAGAACAUCAGUCAUCUGAUCAGUGCAUACUUACCCAAGAUUUUGCAGAUCUUGCUCUGUAUGACAGCAACCGUAUCACAUAUCCUUGACCAACGAGAAAAGAUUCAACUGAAAUUUAUUAACCCACUGAAAAAUUUAAGACGUCUUGGAAUCAAAAUGGUGACUGAUAUCUUUUUGGAUUGGGAGUCAUAUCAGUUCAGAACAGAAGAAAUUGAUGCCGUGUUUCAUGGUGCAGUUUGGCCCCAGAUCAGCAGGCUUGGAUCUGAGAGUCAGUAUUCUCCUACUCCACUGCUGAAGCUAAUUAGUGUAUGGAGCAGAAAUGCAAGAUAUUUCCCUCUUCUGGCUAAACAGAAACCUGGGCACCCAGAGUGUGAUAUUUUGACCAAUGUUUUUGCAAUUCUCUCAGCAAAGAAUCUCUCUGAAGCCACAGCCAGUAUCGUGAUGGAAAUAGCUGAUGACCUUCUUAACCUUCCAGAUUUUGAGCCCACAGAAACAGUUUUGAGCUUGCCAGUGACAGGAUGUGUCUACACUGAUGGAGCAGGACAUGCAGAUGAGUCUCUCACACUAGGAGGAAGAUUGAUCCUACCUCACGUACCUGUAAUUCUUCAGUAUCUCAGCAAAACCACAAUAAGUGCAGAAAAGGUGAAAAAGAAAAAGAAUAAGGCCCAAGUCAGCAAGGAACUUGGCAUUCUUUCCAAGAUCAGCAGGUUUAUGAAAGACAAAGAACAGAGCUCUUUACUCAUUACACUUCUGCUUCCUUUCCUCCACCGUGCCAAUAUUGCUCAGGAGACAGAGGUUGAUAUUCUGGUGACCGUACAAAACUUGUUAAAACAUUGCUUGGACCCCACAAGCUUCCUUAAGCCUCUGGCAAGACUGUUCUCAGUUACUAAGAAUAAAUUGUCAAGACAAUUGCUUUGUGCAGUUUUCCAGUAUCUUUCUGAUUUUGAGAGUGGAUUAAAGUAUAUUACUGAUGUUGUCAAGCUUAACGCCUUUGAUCAAAGACAUCUUGAUGAUAUCAACUUUGAUGUUCGCUUCUCAAUGUUCCAGACCAUCACGUCUUACAUCAAAGAAAUGCAAACUGUAGAUGUUGAUUACCUAAUUCCAGUUAUGCACAAUUGUUUCUAUAAUCUGGAGUUAGGAGACAUGUCUUUAAGUGAUAAUGCCAGUGUGUGCUUGAUGAGUAUCAUCAAAAGGCUAGCUACCUUGAACUUCACAGAGAAAGAAUAUAGAGAAAUCAUUCAUCGUUCACUCCUGGAGAAACUGAGAAAAGGUUUGAAGAGCCAGACAGAGAGUAUUCAACAGGAUUAUACCACACUGCUUUCCUGUUUAAUUCAAACCUUUCCAGACCAACUGGAAUUUAAAGACUUGGUGCAGCUUACUGAUUACCAUGAUCCAGAAAUGGACUUCUUUGAGAACAUGAAGCACAUUCAGAUUCACAGAAGAGCACGAGCCUUGAAGAAACUGGCAAAACAACUAAUGGAAGGCAAAAUUGUGCUAUCUUCCAAGUCUCUUCAGAAUUACAUCAUGCCUUAUGCCAUGACUCCAAUUUUUGAUGAGAAAAUGCUCAAGGUGGGUUUGCUAGUAACAGUGUUAGAAGCAUUCCACUUUGACCACAAAACUCUUGAAGAACAAAUGGGGAAAAUACAGAAUGAAGAAAACACGGUAGAAGUGAUUGAGGUAUCAGAACAUGAAGCCAUGGAGUUAGAAGAAGAAGGAAAGGAUGGAGAAGAGACGGGAACGGAGAACAACGAGGAACUGGGAAGCCCUGAUGCAGCAGGUGCUGAAGAGUCGUCAGCUAAGGAAUCCGGGCGUAUCACAGAGUCCCUCCCCUUCCUCCCGCAGAAUAAGGAAGAAUUGGAGAGAACAAUAAAAAGUAUCCAAGGAACCAUAACUGGGGAUAUCCUGCCCAGGCUACAUAAAUGCCUUGCAUCUACGACUAAAAGGGAAGAAGAACACAAGCUUAUAAAGUCAAAGGUUGUGAAUGAUGAGGAAGUGGUUCGCGUUCCAUUAGCUUUUGCCAUGGUUAAACUAAUGCAGUCCCUUCCACAAGAAGUGAUGGAAGCCAAUCUGCCAAGUAUUUUGCUGAAAGUAUGUGCCCUUCUCAAGAACAGAGCACAGGAAAUAAGGGACAUUGCACGUAGCACUCUCGCAAAAAUAAUAGAGGAUCUGGGUGUGCACUACCUACAAUAUAUUUUAAAGGAAUUACAGACGACACUUGUCCGUGGCUAUCAGGUCCAUGUGCUAACUUUCACUGUUUACAUGUUGCUGCAAGGCCUUACUAACAAGCUGCAAGUUGGGGACUUGGACUCCUGUUUAGAUAUAAUGAUUGAGAUUUUUAACCAUGAAUUGUUUGGUGCUGUUGCUGAAGAAAAAGAAGUGAAGCAGAUCCUUUCCAAAAUCAUGGAAGCACGAAGAAGCAAGAGUUACGACUCUUACGAAAUCCUGGGCAAGUUUGUAGGAAAAGAUCAAGUUACAAAGCUUAUCCUCCCAUUGAAAGAGAUCUUACAAAAUACCACGAGUUUAAAACUGGCCCGGAAAGUUCACGAAACCUUACGCCGAAUCAUAGCAGGAUUAAUUGUGAAUCAGGAAAUGACAGCAGAAUCCAUUCUAUUGCUCAGUUAUGGUUUGGUCAGUGAAAAUCUCCCCCUGUUGACAGAGAAAGAAAAAAAUCCAGCAGCCCCUGCACCAGAUCCACGUCUCCCACCGCAGAGCUGUCUCCUGCUCCCCCCAACUCCAGUUCGAGGUGGACAGAAAGCCCUCGUGAGCAAGAAAACCAACAUGCACAUAUUUAUUGAGUCUGGGCUUCGGCUGCUGCAUCUGAGUCUGAAGAAUUCCAAGGUCAAGUCCUCAAGUGAGCAUGUUUUGGAAAUGUUGGAUCCCUUUGUACCUCUUCUCAUAGACUGCCUGGGUUCCAUGGAUGUGAAGGUGAUCACAGGCACUUUACAAUGCCUCAUCUGGGUCUUGAAGUUCCCCCUGCCUUCCAUAGAAACAAAAGCAGAACAGCUGACGAAACACCUGUUCCUUUUGCUGAAGGACUAUGCAAAACUCGGGGCUGCCAAGGGCCAGAACUUCCACCUGGUGGUGAAUUGUUUCAAGUGUGUGACCAUACUUGUGAAGAAAGUGAAGUCUUAUCAGAUAACCGAAAAACAGCUGCAAGUCCUGCUGGCAUACGCAGAGGAAGACAUUUAUGACACCUCAAGACAAGCGACUGCGUUUGGUCUUCUCAAGGCCAUUUUAUCAAGAAAAUUGUUGGUUCCCGAAAUAGACGAUGUCAUGCGAAAAGUAUCCAAGUUGGCGAUUUCUGCACAAAGUGAACCUGUCAGAGUCCAGUGCAGACAGGUUUUCCUGAAGUACGUUCUUGACUAUCCCCUUGGUGACAAACUGAGACCAAACUUGGAAUUCGUGCUCGCUCAACUGAAUUAUGAACACGAGACUGGGAGAGAGUCCGCCUUGGAAAUGAUCGCCUAUGUCUUUGACACGUUCCCUCAGGGACUGCUUCAUGAGAACUGCGGGAUGUUCUUUAUUCCUCUUUGUCUAAUGAUGGUGAAUGAUGACUCUGCCACAUGCAAAAAGAUGGCAUCCAUGGCGAUCAAGUCCUUACUCAGUAAAAUCAACCUUGAGAAGAAAGACUGGCUGUUUGAUAUGGUUACCACCUGGUUUAGUGCAAAAAAGAGCUUAAAUCGACAGCUGGCUGCCCUGAUCUGUGGCUUGUUUGUGGAAAGUGAAGGAGUUGCUUUUGAGAGGAGACUUGGACCUGUUCUUUCUGUGAUUGAAAAGGAAAUUGAUCCAGAAAACUUUAAAGAUAUAAUGGAAGAGACAGAAGAAAAAGCUGCAGACCGCCUUCUGUUCAGUUUUCUUACAUUGAUAAGUAAACUCAUCAAGGAAUGUAGCUUUCUUCAGUUCACCAAGCCCUCUGAGGUUUUGACUAAAAUCUGGAGUCACGUGCACACUCACCUGAGGCAUCCACACAACUGGGUGUGGCUCACCGCAGCCCAGAUUUUUGGAUUGCUGUUUGCCUCUUGCCAGCCAGAUGAGCUAGUUAGAAAGUGGAAUGCCAGGAAGACGAAAAAGAGCCUUCCAGAACCUGUAGCAGUUAGGUUCCUGACAAGUGACCUGGACCAAAAGAUGAAAAGUAUUUCUUUAGCUUCUUGCCAUCAGUUGCAUUCCAAAUUCUUGGACCAGUCGCUGGGAGAGCAGGUUGUUAAGAAUUUGUUGUUUGUAGCCAAAGUCCUGUAUUUACUGGUACCUGAUCCUGAGGAUAAGCAAGAUGAGCUGGAAGAAGAGGGCGCUUUAGCAGACGGUGUGACCACAGAGAGGAUGGAAGGACGCAAGGCCUGCACAGCUGAGAAAGCGGAGUCUGACAGAGAAGGGGACGAAGAGGCGAAGGAGGAGCCCAGCAAGCCGGCCACCCUGCUCUGGCUGAUCCUGAAGUUGUCCCGGGUGGCGAAACUGGAAGCUGCUUACUCACCUCGAAACCCCUUAAAGAGAACAUGCAUCUUUAAGUUUCUGGGGGCGAUAGCGAUGGAUCUGGGCGUCGACAGAGUGAAGCUGUAUCUUCCAAUGAUCAUAGCACCUUUGUUUCGAGAACUGAACAGCACCUACUCAGAGCAAGAUCCUCUGCUGAAGAAUCUAUCCCAGGAAAUCAUAGAAUUACUCAAAAAGCUGGUUGGGCUUGAAAGCUUCUCAUUAGCCUUUGCCUCUGUGCAGAAACAGGCGAAUCAGAAAAGGGCACUGCGGAAAAAGAGGAAGGCUUUGGAGUUUGUAACUAAUCCUGAUAUUGCUGCCAAGAAAAAGCUGAAGAAACACAAAAAUAAAAGUGAAGCGAAAAAGAGAAAAAUAGAGUUUCUGCGUCCAGGCUAUAAGGCCAAGAGGCAAAAGAGCCACAGCCUGAAAGAUUUAGCAAUGGUGGAAUGA